UCGCCUCCAAGCUCAUCUCCUCUGCUCUCUCUGUUCUUCGUUUCCAUGAAAGCAAUGAACCGCGCGCCACGUUCCUCCCAUGCAAUUUCGUGUCCUCGCCAUUUCCACCAACUCAUCCCUUCUUCCCUCCCUAUAAAUCCAUCCCGUUCUUCCUCCUAUCUCCUCACCGAUCAGGCUCGGCGAGUUCUUAAUUGUUUGCUCCAUCGCAAUGGCUACUAAGCCCGAAGGUUUGCUGCUUCUCCUCGCAGUAGUUCUCCUCUUGUCCUCCAGCUUUGCCGACGACUCGAGGGGCGACCCCGAGAAGCGACUGCAGCAAUGCCGGCAGCAAUGCCGGCAGCAGCAGCAGCUCAGCCAGCGGCAGAGGAUGCAGUGCGAGCGUUCAUGCGAGGAGCAAUACGAGAGACAGCAAGGCGGGAAUCGUGACGGCGCCGCGAGGCGGUACGAGGAGUGCCUGCAGGAGUGCAGCAAGCACGGCCGCCACGACGAGCAGCAACGCCGCCAGUGCGCGAGCCGGUGCGAGGCGCGAUACCAGGAGGAGCGAAGGGGGCGCGCUGCAGAAUUACUCGAAGAAACCAUUGAUAGAAAAGACCCCGAGCAGCGUCGUCAAGAGUGCCGCGAGGACUGCCGACAGAGCGAGCACGGCCGGCGCCAGGAGCAGCAGUGCGAGCAGCGGUGCGAGGUGCAGUACCGCGAGGAGCGCGGCCAUCGGAAGGGGGACCCUCAGCGACAGGAGGAAGAGGAAGAGGAAGAGAAAGAGCACAACCCUUAUCACUUCGACCGCCAGAGCUUCCGCUGGAUAGAGAAAACAGAGCACGGCGACAUCAGGGUUCUCCCCAACUUCCUCGAGAAGUCCAAGCUGCUGCUGGGCAUCGCCAAUUACCGCAUCACGGUGACCGAGUUGAAACCGCGUGGCUUCGUGCUGCCGCAGCACGUGGAUGCUGAUGCCUUCGUCUACGUCGCCAAAGGUUCCGGAGUCAUCACUCUCAUAUGCCAGGACAAGAAGGAGACCUACGAGCUCCGGCAGGGAGACAUCAUCAAAGUACCUGCAGGAGCCAUCAGGUAUCUGGCCAACAAAGACGACGACGAAAAGCUCGUCUUAAUCGACCUCCUGAAACCCGUCUCCACUCCUGGUCUCUUCGAGUUCUUCUACGGUGCCGGAGCACAGAACUUCUUGAAGAGUUUUAGCGAUGAGAUCCUCGAGGCGGCUUUCGAUACGCGGGGAGAGCGGGUGCAAAGGCUCUUCGGGCAACAGAAGAAAACGGGCAUCGUGACGGCGUCGGAAGAACAGAUACGCGGGCUGAGCCGCCAGGCCUCCGAAGGUCGGCAUUGGCCGUUUGGGGAAUCCCAGGGCACCUUCAAUCUCCUGAGGAAGCGCCCGGUUCACUCGAGCCGCCGAGGCCAACUGCACGAGGCCGACGGCGACGACUACCAGCCGCUAAAAGAGCACGACAUCCAAAUUUCCUACGUUAACAUCACCCAAGGUUCUAUGAUUGCGCCGUACUUCAACAGCCGGGCGACCAAGAUCGCGAUUGUGGUGGAGGGAGAAGCUCGCAUCGAGACGAUAUGCCCGCACCUGUCCGAGCAACGGCAGAGCAGGGAGCGGCAAGGUCGAAGUCAAGAAGGCGAGGAAGGUGAAGGUCAACGGUACAAAAGGGUGCGCUUCCACGUGCGACGGGGGUCGGUGGUGGUCCUCCCGCCGGGCCACCCGACAGUGGUCGUGGCGUCGAGCGCCGAACACGGAAAGGGAAACUUUGAAGCGGUCUGCUUCGAGAUCUGGGCGGAGAAGAACGAGAAGAACUUCCUGGCUGGGAAAAACAACGUGUGGAAACAGAUGGAGAGGGAAGCCAAGGAGCUGGCGUUCGACGUGCCGGCGAGGGAGGUCGACGAGGUGCUGCAGGCACAAAGUGAUCAGAUUAUAAUCGCAGGGCCAGAGGAGCGACAGGGCGGUGGGGACGGCAGCGGUCGUCGCCGGGACAUUCCUUUGAUAGAGCUUGCUACGGCGUUUGUGUGAGUAUCCGCGGGUUGUUACAAAAUAAAACAGAGAGCUUUUGGGACGUCGCUCUCAGUACGGCCGAGGUCGAGUAUCGUUUGUAUGUAUGUGACUGUGUAAAAACACAUGCAAAUUAAUAAAAUCCUGGUCUUCAAAAUAA